CUCUCCAUAGAAUAUCUCAACGAAGCUGCUCUACGACAGUUUAUUGACCAGCCCGUCGGCGACAGCAUGAUCUCUUUCCUGGCUAAUGCUACUCAUAACAUUAUUCCCUGCAAAUCAACCCUACCACGGACUAAAUGGCCCCAACUCAUCUACACCAAAAAAAAUAAACUGCCUACAUUAAAUGAGUUUAUUACUCAGCUAGUUAAUCUCUCUAAGGUUAAGGCCCCAACCUUUAUGUCAACAUUAGUCUACCUUAACCGCCUCAAGUCUAAGCUGCGGCAUAACGCUAGGGGCCAGCCAUGGACCCUCUAUGGUAUCUUUCUAGCUGCCUUAAUCCUUUCGGCCAAGAACCUUAACGACGCAUCCCCUAAAAAUAAACAAUGGGCUGAUUACACUCGUAUGAUCACCGACGACUACAGGUUUGGCUUUACCUGCGUCGAGGUCAACCUGAUGGAGAGGCAGCUGCUCUCCAUGCUCGGGUGGGAGCUAAUAAUCACUAAGCACGACCUGUACCGCGAGCUGGACUUUUUCCUCAACCCCCUACGCAUUAAGCUAGAAAAGCACGUGCGUUGCCGCGAGAAGCAGAAG